UGUAGGAGUGACGUCACGACGUUCACUGAGACAACAUCCCCUGGGAGGAUGGCGGCUCACCCUCGUACAAGCCGGACAGCGCACGGAAAUAUUUCGAACGUCGUCGUGUCAUAGAAGAGGCGAGAAGGAGACACGGCAAAUCGACGUGAACAGAACGUUGUGUGAAGGUUGCCGUGAACACGGCGUUGCGCUUCAACGAGACGACGCCCGUGUUGCAGGACGGAGACGGCGACGGCGGCGGUGACCACCACCAGGGUGCAACAAGCGUCCGCGGAUCUCACGCCGGGUAAACAUGAGUGAGCUAAACUCGCGAUUAGCUGCUAGGCUCGUCCUGUGCAUCGUGAAUCGCGCAGAGUUCGCUGGAACGGGUGAGUGAAGCUCUUUUCAUGAGAUGUACGUCGGAAAGCAAAGGACAUGGCACACCUGUAGAUACGAAAUGCCGGACUAGCGUGCGCACGAGAGAGCGAGUUGCCGACCAGUAGAGGCAGAGCAAGCAAGAAGCGCAGAGCAGAGUAGUGAAGAAAGGGUAGAAAGCAAGUACGUAGAGAACGAGCGAGCAAGCAAGCAAGAGAAAGAACGAUUUAGCAAAGCAUCCCCGUCGCUCGAACUCGCGGAGAGAAUGAGUCACGCUCAACAGCAUGUGCUUGCGAGCGCGAUAGUACUCGCGCUGUUAGUGGUAUUCGGCAUCCACGUCUUCCUGUUUCCCAUGUACACGUCGACCCCGCCGGCGCGCCACACGAAGAUCUCCGUGUACGAGCAGGCACUCUGUCGCACGACCCUGAAGAACAACAUCCGAAUACCGGCGCCGGAGUGGCGCAACAGCCCUUGUCCCAAAUACGGAAUAGUUUCGGCAGUACAAGGUGGCAGACUGGGCAAUCAGAUCUGGGAGUAUGCGUCCGUAUGGGCAACAGCGCGGAGAACCGGCCUGGAGCCGUACAUGCCGCGCUGCAUCCUCAAAACUCUGGAGGAACAUUUCGAGAACCUAAGCAUCCCGCCGCUUAGCUACAUCGGCAAGUGCACGCUGGACGUCAGCCAGAUAGUUAAUUCGCUUGGCCAAUGGAACAGCACGGAACAGAAUAUCAUUAUACCAAGACACGCGGCUUACUGGUCUUUGAUUCUGGUCUGGCUGGAUGACGUACGACGGGAAUUCACGUUUAAGCCGAGUCUAAGGGUCUAUGCGGAAAAAGUAUUGAGACGCGUGGCAGAGAAAUUUAAUCUGUCCUCGCCGACCUACGUCAGCGUACACGUGCGCAGAACCGAUUACGUGGAUUAUCUCUGGCAAAAAUUAAAAACACGACCCGCACCGGUAAGUUACUACCUGUCGGCGAUGGAUUACUUCGCUGACAAAUAUAGUAACGUAGUCUUUGUAGUAACAAGCGAUAAUAUCGCCUGGUGCAAGUAUAACUUGCGCAGUAAGCGUCACAGAAUUAGUUUCGUGUCGGACAAUGACGGCAAAGGCCCCGGAAAAGAUCUGGCGGUCUUGUCCGCGUGCAAUCACAGCAUAAUAGAUUACGGCACUUACGGCUCGUUCGGAGCCAUUUUGGCUGCCGGCGAAACCGUAGUUUACAAUGUAACAACAUACUUUUCUACGUUGAUCGCAGACGUUCUACCAAACUGGAGAAUAAUGAGUUGAACGAGAAAUCAAAUAACGCGAAAUUAACAAUUAACGUAUUUACGUUGUAUCAUCUCUUGUAAUACGUAAUUUUUUCAAAUGACGCGACAAAUUAUAUAUUCUUGAAAAUUUUUUAUUAAUUUAUAAUAAGACAAUUUCUGAAAACUUCCUUUUAACACCAAUAAAAUACCAAAAUUUGCAAUUCAAUGUUUUUAAACUAUUUUACAUAUUUUUAUCAGGCGAAAAAUGUAUAAAAACUACGCAGAUAAUCAUAGUAUACUAUUUAUUUUAAUACCUAUGCAAGUAUGAUAAUUUUUAACUACUUGAAAGUGUAUCUUGCCUUUUUCCUGCUUAGAUAAAAAAAAAUACUCACUUUUUCCUUUUAUUUAUCGUUCAACUGUAUGAACAUCUAAAUGAAAGUAUGUUGCUACAUCAUGUUAAAUUUUAUAUGUGUAACGACGUAAAUGCAUCAUUGUCAAAAUGUUAACAGUAUUAUGCAUAUAUUACGCUCUUGUUUAAAUUUAGUGUGUGCACACAAACUAGGAAUCGAUGCACCUGUAAAUGUAGCGAGCAAACUUUUCAACAAACUCGAGGAAAAGGUUUACAAUGAAACAAUGGACCAUUAAUAUCUAAAAUUAAAACAGAUGCUUAUUUUUUCUACGACUCUGAUACAAACUCGAGACGGCCGUAAAAUUUAAUAAAAAGGGAAAAAAGUGUAGAGAUCAGAUAUCUUUUCCGAAUAAGGUGGUAACCAAACGAGCCUAAUUCAAAAAACACGCAUAUGAAUAAAUUCUAAAUUUUGCAGUGCUCAUAAUUGUGUCUGGUAAUCUUCAACUUUCGCGUGAUCUUUUCCAAAAACUGGAUUUUCCCCGAUAUUAGUUCGUAAUUUAUAUAGUUUUCUAUAACGUAGCCUAGCAGGGUUUCAAGUUGAUUGUGUUUUACACGUUUCAAUGUGUAUUUCAUAUCGUAGAAGAGCGUGUAAUAUAUACUUCACAAAAAAUACGAAACCGACGUAUUGACAACCAUCUGUAAAUCUUAUGAUGUACAAUGAUUUCAACUGUGAUUCUAUUUCUUAUUGUGCCAAAAUUCUCUUAAUAUACACAUAAGCAUAUAAAAAUAUAUAUGUAUAUAUAUAUACAACACACAUCUAUAUAUGUAUUAUAAAAUUAUAUCUAUACAAAGCGUUGUAUAAUAUUUACAAAUCUGUGAGCAAAUGAUAAAUUAUUUCUUCACACUUAAUCGUUAAGUAUUACCAAAAAAAAGUUUACUACUUAUUACGCGAGAGAUGGAUGGAGAAGUAUUUUACAUAAAGCCAGUGUUUGAAAUUUAUUAACCAUGUGACCUGAUGUAUUUGACUUACAGUGUUUUACAAUCUAGACUAGUCAGUGUGUCUAAUAUCUAUGUGUUAAUAUCUAUAUAUGAAUGUAUCUUCAAUGUAUUUGUGCCUGUCAGUUGUUAGAUAUCUAUGAAAUGUUGAAACGUUAUGCGAUUAAUAAUAGAAUUACAAUAGAAAUGUAUGACCCGUGCGUGAUAUCAGAUUUCUCAUUGCCAACAGUAACUACGACAAGAUUAGAAACAAAAGUUAAAUGUUAAAUAAUUGCUGAGACUAUACAACUUCCAGGCAUCGAUACGACCUACUCUAUACAUUCUCUGUGAUAAUUUUAUGUAAUUUUUGAGGACGUAAAGCGUAAGCUGAAAUGUAUUCGUUUUACAGAAUAAAAAUACUCUGUGUCAAAAUUA